ACAACUUGAGCGAAUAUGCAAAUUUAAAUCCGAGUAUGGAGCACCAAAUUUCGGAGAUCAAUCAAGAAUACUAGCUACGUUGGAAAUGGCGAUUUGAAUUCAUGCGGACCUUUACUCUCUUCUUCCUCUCUAUCUCGCCGUCGCCGAGUCUCCUCUGUUUCUUCCUCCGUGAUUUCCUUGGAAGCUCAAAAUUGCUUCCUUCUUCUUUUUCCCGUUUAGGAGAUUCAUGGACUCUGAUCCUGAAUCUCCGGCUUCUUCCACCAGUAGUAAGGCGUCCGAGCGAACGUUGCAAAGAUCGAAGGUGUUGGAACCUUCAACUGUAGACAAACUGGAUCAGCAAGACUCGGAGGAUACUUGGUGCGAUUCGAUUGAACCUCAAGCGUCCGAAAGCAAUGAUUCAGGCGACACUGUUGACGAAAACCAAUCAAAUGAUCAGACCGAAAAUCAAUCAAAUGAUCAGACAGAAAACCAAUCAAAUGAUCAGACAGAUCAAGCAGUGAGCACUCCCACUUCAGGGAGCAGAAGAGUGCGUGGAUUCUCCGACACAAUUGUCAUUCAUGAUUUGAGAUUAUUAGAUUUGGACAUUGAAAGAAAAAAUGAAUCAUCUCCAAGAGGGGUGCUCGAGGACUGCUCAAGAAACUUGGAUUGUGAAACAACUACUUCCCUGGCCAGCACUUCCGACUGGGAAGAUCAUCCGGACUCAAGAAAUCUGAGUCAUUGGAAAGGUUUCAUUCGCUUACUGAUGAAAGGACCUCAGAUGCGAUUUCAAACCUUUCCUCCUCUUAAAGCUGUUCCAAAGCUCACCAGAAAAAAGAGCAAAAGAAUUAGAGAGGAUAUUCUUCCGACGUUAUCACCAGUGAUGGACUCUGCCAUAGAGACUGAGUUCUGCUACUUCAGAUCUUCUUGGAAGAAUUUCACACUUUCAGAGCUGCAAGCUGCAAGCAAUAACUUCAGCCAAGAAAACUUGAUUGGUGAGGGCGGUUAUUCUGAAGUUUACAAGGGGCAGUUGGAAGAUGGGCAACUAGUCGCGAUCAAGCGGCUUACAAGAGGCAACCCAGAAGAGAUGACUGCAGACUUCUUGUCUGAGCUCGGAAUUAUAGUUCAUGUUGAUCAUCCUAAUAUCGCGAGUGUAAUUGGGUACGGAGUUGACGGGGGAAUGCACCUUAUACUUCAUUUAUCACCCCAUGGGAGCCUGGCAUCCAUACUUUAUGAAUCAAAGGAGAGACUGGAUUGGCCAACCAGGUAUAGGAUUUCUCUAGGAAUUGCUGAAGGUCUUUUGUAUCUUCAUGAAGGCUGCCAAAGAAGAAUAAUCCACAGAGAUAUUAAGGCUGCUAAUAUAUUGCUAAGAGAUGAUUUUGAGCCUCAGAUUUCUGACUUUGGGCUUGCUAAGUGGCUGCCAGAUCGAUGGACUCACCAUACUGUGUCAAAGUUCGAAGGAACAUUCGGGUACCUUCCUCCUGAGUUCUUUAUGCAUGGAAUUGUUGAUGAAAAAACUGAUGUCUAUGCCUAUGGAGUACUGUUGUUGGAACUUAUUACGGGACGACGAGCAAUAGAUAGCGCACAGCAAAGCCUCGUGAUGUGGGCGAAACCUAUACUUCUUAAACAAGAUCUCAAGGAGCUUGUCGAUACAUCACUUGCUGACGCAUUCGACACCCAACAAAUGAACCGUUUGAUAUCCGUAGCUUCAAUGUGCAUAGAUCAAUCUUCAGUUCAACGGCCAGAAAUGAGUGAGAUUGUUCAGAUUCUGAAAGGGGAUGAAGAUAAUUUGGAGCGUGUAAAGCGACAGAAGUCAAAACUUCGAAGGACAUACUCUGCAGAGCUUUUGGAUGCAGAGGAGUAUAAUUCUACAAAGUAUUUAACUGACAUGGAUCGACAUUUGGAGAUUGUUUUAGGAACCUGCGAUGUUUAGAUAAAUUUAUACCUAAUUCUUAUGCAUUUAUACUCGAUCAAAUGACCCCAAUAUGUUUAUGUUCUCUUCUUUGUAUUUCUAACUGAUAGGGGUAUAAGUACAAAUUUUUAUAUUUACACAAGUACUUUCAAAGGUA